AUUUUCCUUCCCAGAGUUAACACAAUCAAUCCCACACACCUUGAUGACCAUUUAACACAAUUCUCUCCUUGUCUGUGACUUCAUUACCCCCCAUACGAACCCACUAAAUCACGUUUGUGGACUAUCAAUCAUCAAACGACGGCAAGGAUGGCUGGUCAACUUCACAGUGCCCCGCCCUUCAGGGCUGAGCACAUGGGCUCGCUCUUGCGUCCUGAGAAACUCUUGGCAGUACGCACCAACAUUCGGGAGAAUGGUCUCUCAGCCGAAGAGGCUGGACUGCCUGCGGUUGAGAAGGAGGCCGUUGGCGAUGUUAUCAAGUUGCAGCAGGAGCUCGGUCUCAAGGCUGUCACCGAUGGUGAAUUUGUUCGCACACGUUUCUGGGGCCUCAUGUGGGACGAGUUCGAGGGUACCUCCAAGUUGCAGGAUGCAGAGGCCGGCAUGUUCCGACUGUACCACCCAGAUGUGGUGAGUCUCAUCGAGAAGGACCGCAAGGUCAUGCCGGGGGACUCUGUCAUUGCCGGCAGCAAGCUGUCCCACAACCCGGAGAAGUCGGUAUCAAACCUCCACGAGCUGAAGCUUGCGCAAUCUUUUGUCCCUGAAAGCGAAUGGGGUAACAUCAAGCUCACCAUGAUCACGCCGGCUUGGUUUCACAUGAGAUACAAGCAAGGGCGAGCAUACACCCAGGAUGCAUAUGCAAAUGAUGCAGAAUAUUUCGCCGAUGUCGCCAAGGUUUACCAAGCCGAACUCGACCAGCUAUACAAACUAGGUCUGAGGAACGUACAGUUUGACGACCCCGGCAUGGCUUAUUUCUGCUCUCAAAAGUUCCGACAGGGAUGGGAAGAGGACAAGGACAAUAUUGGCACCGUUGAAGAUCUACUGGAUGCUUACAUCAAGCUAUAUAAUGAUGCCCUCAGCAAGCUUCCCGCCGACUUCCACACUGGCAUCCAUCUCUGCCGAGGAAACUUCAUCGGUGGCCGACACUUUGCCGAAGGAGCAUAUGAUAUUAUUGCCAAGAAGCUGUUUGAGAACCUCAACGUCAACACAUUCUACCUCGAGUACGACACUGAGCGGUCCGGAGGCUUCGAGCCCCUGAAGUACCUGCCAAAGAACAAAAAUGUGGUUGUUGGCGUCAUCAGUACCAAGGUCGCGGAGCUUGAGGAUAAGGAGGCCACGAAGGAAAGAAUCUAUAAGGCGGCCGACGCUAUUGCCGAGGGAAGCUCCCAGACUCGUGAGGAGGCGUUAAAGAGGGUCUGCAUCAGCCCCCAAUGUGGCUUCAGCACGCACGAGAGCGGAUACCCGUUAACCCUUGAAGACGAGAAAAACAAGUUGAAACUGGUCAGGCAGGUCGCGGAUGAGAUCUGGGGAGAACCGUGAGAAAGAGAAGUGGAAAGAGUGAAGAAUGGCAGUGGAGGGGAGGACACAGGGGAAAAUACGCCAGGUUUAGUUCAACAUUCAAUGGCAAGUGGGACCGUUCAACGCACCCAUGUGAAUUAGUUAUACAAAAGUCGAUCCAACCGAUGCUACUGAGUUUGGAUCUACGACUUAGUAGUAAAAAGGUCGCGGCGUUCUCAUCUAACCGCAUUGGCUACCUUUUGCAUAAAACCCCCUAUUUAUAGGGGAAAUUACAACGUAAACAUAACCUACCACUUAACUUCACCCUUCUAUUUCUUAAC